AUGUCUGGCCGAGGUAAAGGUGGCAAAGGGCUAGGUAAGGGAGGCGCUAAGCGCCACCGGAAGGUCUUACGGGACAACAUCCAGGGUAUUACGAAGCCCGCCAUUCGCCGUCUGGCUCGCCGUGGUGGUGUGAAGCGCAUCUCUGGCCUCAUCUAUGAGGAGACUCGGGGAGUGCUCAAAGUGUUCCUGGAGAACGUGAUCCGUGAUGCGGUGACUUACACGGAGCACGCCAAGCGCAAGACGGUCACGGCCAUGGAUGUGGUGUAUGCGCUGAAACGCCAGGGCCGCACCCUUUACGGCUUCGGCGGCUGA